GACAUAUUGUAAGUUUUACAUGACGGUUAACCAUAUAUAUUGUCAGCCAUUUUGUCGUCUAUAUGGUAUUCAGCCAUGGCGUAUAUACCUAAAAAGCCUUCGACGUACGUCCUUCGGCGUAGCAUCACUUACGGUGUUUUCAACUGCGUCUUACAUUGAGCUCACCCUACGCAUACCACUCUGUGCAUUCUUUCCGUUGGCGAAUUUUCCAUUUAACGACCACAAACGGGGUCGAUUAACGCUGCUCUUGCAUUGCUGUACCUAGAACCAUUCGUGAAACGGUUCGUAAACAUGGCUUCUGAGGACGCUUCAGAGUGGACGGUGGCUGCGAAGCUGGGCGAAGUUCUUGCUUCUGAUAGGUUUGAUAAAGAUUCUAUCUCACAGGGAGAGUUAGGGUUAUCACAAGCGUUUUGCUUGUUGUGGCAAAAUCAAAACACAGGAGAUGUUGCCGGAAGGCUAAGACCGAAUGUCAUGACAACUAUGGCAACUGCCGCUGUUUUGCUAGAUUUGUAUGUGUUGGAUAAAAUUGACUUCAACAAAGACAUCAAACAUUGGAUGGACAGGACGAGAGAAGUUAUCACGGUGAAAGUAGGUAUUUUUAUGCACGCUGGUAAUCAUUUGCUGGUAAUCGGUGAACCUUGUGUCUGUUGAGCUAUUCAGUAACAACAGUUCUUUUUUACCUCAUGGUAUAACGUCUGUUAUACUAUGAGGUUUUGGUUUGGACGUAAAAUUCACUCUCUUACUUCAUUAUCUGAUCAGUUGGACAAUUUAGUCAUGCAAUGAAAAUUGGAUCAAACGUAAUUAUGUUAACGCAAAGUAAUUCUAUUGUCUUCUGUUUGGAUAUCUAGGGGUUAGGACAAAUGCAGGGCUAUCACAAGAGCUACAGCAGAAAAAUACUGUCUUAGCUUGAAUCAACUUUAAGAUUUGAGAAUGAAAUACUCUCUAGUGUUAGCUGGUGCAUAAGGGGUCAUUAAUUUAUUUUAUUGAGUGAAGUGGGGAGCUGUAAUUUUUGUCAUGUGUUGGAAAACAUUGAGAAGUACAGUUUACACUGGCCUUUAAGUGAAAUAGUACCACUCUAUGGAGCAAUCAGCUGCAAAUUAGUAUAUUAAAUAGUCCACUUUUCACGUACCAUUCUUUAUAGAAUUGGUAUCCAAUAACUACCACUGGUAAUCUAACUCUGGUUACAGGUUAAAGAUACCACUUUAACUGGGACAUACUUAGACCAGGCUUUAUUUCUGGACAUUAUAAAGUAUCAUCAGGCUGCCAAGGGAAAACCAAGAACAAUUGUGGAAUGGAUAAUCCAUGGAUCCUAUGAGAGAGAAAAUUCUGCUACAAUAGUCUUGGACAGUUUAGUGUUACAUGGCAUCCUAAAAAGAGAGUCAAAACUAUUUGGAAGGAGAUAUCCCAUUGUUGAUGCAAGUAUGCCUAUACAUUUUACAGUAUGUGUCAUGUUCAGAUUCCUUCAAAGAUACUUUUUGAAAAUGAUGUGAUGAAUUGGGAUGUGAAGUGGGGCAAUGAUAGGCAGCCCUUUUAUCAUGUAUGGGAAAUGAAACAUUUAGCUCCUUUUAACACAGAAAAUGGCUGAAAGUAUUUCCUUUUAUAGUAUUUCCUUCCAAGAAGAAGAGGUACUGAUUAGAAGGGGUCUUUUGUUCUGAAAGGGAAGUCAGUGUGCUGAUCCAAGGGAGGGUGCUUAUUUGAAGCUGCUGUAUGUAUUACAUCAACUUAUAAUCCCCUUGAUAUUUUUCUUUAUUCUCUUCACUUGUCAGCUUGAUACUGUAUUAAUAUCAUACUUAAUUCUGUCUUGGUCACUUAUGGGAGAUAAAGGGUUAACAAUCCUGAAAAAAGCACUAUUUGCAGAUUCUUACACAAAAAAUGCAGAGAUGUUGACCUUACAGGUGUUAAAAAAAAAAGGAGUAACUUGGAUCUUUGUAUUUUUUUCAUUUUCUCUACUGUUAGAUCCAAAGCAGAAGCUAGUGAGUGAAAUAAGACAAACAGUUCUCCUAAAUCAGCCUGCAGUUGGAUUUAUUUGGACUUUGCUCAAGCUUGUGUAUGAGGCAGACUGUUGUGCUGGAAAGAAAAUGCCACUUCUUAGCAUGUAUUUUGAAGUUGAUGAGCUCCAAAUGGCAAAAGAAAAUAUGAAGAUGCUAGUAACAGUUAAUGUGCAGAGUGAACAAGUUGCAAAUGAAGACGUAGAUUGUUCUCAGUCAUUUGAGCUGGAAGUCGUUGGAUGAUAUAAUGCAAAGUUACCUUUGCUGCUCUUUAUUUUUUUCUUAUGGAGAGAAGAUCAAGGGAAGAGACUGGACUCAAUGUGCAAGCCUUAUAUUUGAAAUUGAAAGGCAAAUCACCCUAACUCAUUUUUAGCUCACUUUUUGUUUUUUGAGAGGUUAAAGUAACUCUUGUAGGCUUUGUGCAGUGCUAUUGAAGUUUAUCCCAACCUCCAUGGUUCCUUGGAAUGAAGUACCUGAGAAUUCCCCAGGAUGAGAUGCUAGAUCAUUUCAAGUAACCUUGUGCUUCAUCAAGUUCUCUGCCAGUUUUAAUUUCCUGGGAGGAGUGGAUUAUUCCACCAAAGACAAAUGCAAUGACCCCAUGUAGACAGUAAAGGCUUAAAGCUUUAGUACUGUUAAAGAAUGUACUCUACAAUCUGUAAAUUCUGCUUAAAACAAAUAUGAUAAAAUUAUGCCAAACAUAAAUGCUACAUAUUUUGGUGGAUGUAUUUUUAAUGCUGGAUUCAAGAUUUUGUCAGUCAUUUGCCAGGAACAUGACAAAAAGAAAAUCAUACUAAAUAUGCAGCAAACUCGUCAGAUAUGCACAUAGUGCAAAGCUCUCCAACACUCUCUCUGUAUCUCAGAUGAUAGAGAACUGACGAUCUUAGGUUUAAUUCCUUGUUGAGGACUUGGCAGUUCUGUUCUUCACCUGAUGCUUGUUGUGAAACAGUUUCCAUGACAUUUUAAUCAAGUAACUAACAGCUUUAUAAAACUGUCUGCAAUAAGUUCAAUCACCAAGUGUAUUUUUUGGUUUAAAAUGUUACAAUGUAUCGAUCAUGUUAGUGACAAGCAAAUUUGUACAGACUCCUUUUUU